UGUUAUAUUAGACCUGUCAGAACGCAUUUUGUAUUUUAUUUUUAUUUAAUUUGUAAAUUACCAACAAAAUGCAGGAUGUCGUUGCACCAGUUUCUCAUAUUACAUUUGAUAUUGAGAUUGCCCUCAAUAAUCAACUUGGAUCAAUGCCUUUACCCUUCCCUGGAAUGGACAGUAAGCUUUUCAAUUAGUGUAUAUUAUUCGGAUAACAUUAAUUCGGACAAGACAAAAUCUGGAGCUGCCAUAUGUACAUUUUUCUUGACCUCAGUAGGAUGUAGUAAGGCAACAGCUUGUCCAUUUAGACACAUAAAAGGGGAGAAAACUGUGGUCUGUAAACAUUGGUUGAGGGGUCUCUGUAAGAAGGGAGAUGAUUGUGAGUUCUUGCACGAGUUUGACAUGACAAAGAUGCCUGAAUGCUUCUUUUUCAGUAAAUAUGGACAAUGUAAUAAUAAAGAAUGUCCAUUUCUACACAUUGAUCCUGAACAGAAAGUUAAAGACUGUCCCUGGUAUGACAGAGGAUUCUGUAGACAUGGACCAAAUUGCAAGAACCGUCAUGUGCGAAGGCUGAUAUGUCAAAACUACCUAUGUGGAUUCUGUUUAGAUGGACCAAAAUGUAAAUUCAUGCAUCCAAGUUAUGAUUUGCCAGUACAAGAUGAAAAAACAAAGAAAUUCCACCAGACAGUUACAUGCCACAAUUGUGGGGAGAGUGGUCAUAAGUCCUACCAGUGUCCAAAAAUUACUGCCAACUCUGUACCCAGUGUUGUUUCAACUAGUGCAACUACAAUAGAAAUAAAG